AGGCACUGUGCAUUCUGCCCUGGGACGCAACAUGGACAUGGGACCUCGAGGCGUCCGGCUCCUGGCGGUUCUCCUGGUCCUGGGGCUGUGGGCCCCGGCAGGGGCCCAGAAACCUUCCCCCUGCCGGUGCUCACGGGUAACCCCCCACAAGAGGGAGAACUGUGGAUUCCCGGGCAUCACCAGCGACCAGUGCUUCUCCUCUGGCUGCUGCUUCGACUCCAGCGUCGUGGGGGUCCCCUGGUGUUUCCACCCCCUCCCGAAGCAAGCGUCGGAGGAAUGCGUCAUGGAAGUCUCGGCCCGUAGGAACUGCGGGUACCCGGGCAUCAGCCCCGAGGAGUGUGCCUCCCGCAAGUGCUGCUUUUCCGACAACAUCUUCGAAGUGCCCUGGUGCUUCUUCCCGAUGUCCGUGGACGACUGUCAUUAUUAAGAGGAGUCCCUUCCGAGGACCCAGCAGGCUCCCUGGAUGUCUGGAAAUGAGGAAUACUCACCACCACAUCUCAGGUUUCCUGAGUUCCUGGCUUUCCUGAAUCGGCUUUCUGUCCUUUCCACUGGUUCCACAUACAACUCCUUCAAAUAAAGAAAGUCCUUAAAAUCUGCUAAA